UCCCAUCGGGCGACAUUUGCUAUCAGGCAGAACAAAUCUUUGGCCUCUUUUGAGGAAUAUAAAUAAAUUUUGACAGAGGCACAAAGUUAGACUCUCAACAAAACUUUAAGCUGAAGUAAAGAAACAAAACGUAUCAUUCGAAGAAACAAGGACACUAUUAACAGCUUAAGAUGUAUGUCCAAGUGACUUUCGUUUUGAGUUUGGUUGUACUAUGUCAAGGUCACAGACUUCCUGCAGCGCCACCUGGUGACAGUAGUUCAUUGUCUGAACAAAAUCUCAUUUAUCACGAACAUCUGAGUGACGCCUAUGAACUGUUUUGGAACUUCAACAAAACCCACAUAAUAUUCAAGACAGAAGUGAAGACAAAUGGAUAUAUUGGUUUUGGACUCUCACCCAACGGAGCAAUGGCGCAUUCUGAUGUCAUCAUUGGUUGGGUCAAAGAUGGGAACUCGUUCUUCCACGAUCGACACGCUGAAGGUCAUAUCAAACCGGAAAUCGAUACCCAGCAGGAUUGGUUUUUACUAAGUGCAACAGAAGUAGGAAACGUGACGUCCUUGACAUUCAUCCGAAAGUUGGAGACAUGUGACUCACAGGAUAGACCAAUCACAAAUGACACAACAAGAGUCAUCUUCAGCUACAGUCCAACUGACCCCGUUGAUAAGGACACCAUUGCUUACCAUGGACAAACCAGGCAUGGAACCAAAUCUAUCAUGCUGUUGACCCCACCAACAAGCCAACAGACUACUCAGCCUUUGCCAAGUGACGUCAUCACAGUGGACCUUCUCAACGAAAAUUAUCCAGUGCCUAGUACUUGGGACACUGUGUAUAGAUGUAAAGUUUUUAAAUUGCCAGAUUUUGGAGAGAAGCAUCACCUGAUUAAAUAUGAGCCAAUAAUACAACCCGGACAUGAGCUGUUAGUCCACCAUAUACUCAUCUAUUAUUGUGGUCAUGCUGUCAACACUAGCCAUGCUGGUGAAUCUUACCUGUGCUACGACCAGUCCCCUAAGGACCUCUUGGAUUGCCAGAAUACUCUAGUCGCCUGGGCUGUUGGCGGUAAGGCCUUUGAGUAUCCUGCAGUAGCUGGUCAUCCCAUGGGCAGACCUCAAGAUCCACAAAUUUUAAUCAUGGAAACGCAUUACAAUAACCCGGAACUUAAAAAUGACUUUGUUGACAAUUCCGGUCUGCGUCUUUACUUUACCAAACAACUACGGCAGUACGACUCUGGUGUCCUAGAAAUUGGUGUGGUCGUCGAUUACAAUCACAUCAUUCCACCUUACGAGGCCAGUUUCGUGAGCACUGGGCACUGUCAGGCCAACUGUCUACAGCAGGGUCUAGGAGAUCAAGAAAUUCGAGUCUUUGCAGACUUCCUGCACGCUCACCUACUGGGUAGGAAAAUUAGAACCCGCUUUUUCAGAAAUGGAGUUGAACAGGUGCCCAUCUUGGAGGACAACAACUAUGACUUCAACUACCAAGAAAUGAGAAAGUUACCAGAAGAAAGAGUUAUCAAGAAGGGUGACAGUUUCCUUCUGGAAUGUGUCUAUGACUCAACAGGAAAAACUUCUCCCACAUUUGGUGGUCUGAAAACAACGUACGAGAUGUGCUUGGCAUUCCUGUUAUACUAUCCCAGAAUAGACAUGACUAGGUGUCUAUCUAGAACACAGUAUCCUGUUCAAGAUAUGUAUUCAACAAUACAGUCAUAUGACUGGACCAACCCACUAGUAAGACAGCAAUUUAUCAAAACCACUGAGGAUUCGGAUGUUCUAGAUAUGUGUUGGUUUGAAGAUCAAAGUCGGACCUACUAUAAAGUGACGCCAGUACCAAAGUAUAAUCAGACUUACACUCCACCCAGAACGUGUCCAAAUUGUUGCUAUACCUGUACACAUUUUGGUCAUUUUAAAUUACAACAAAUGAAAUAUAAGCCGACUAUGGAGAUAGUACUUGUUUUGGUCUUCGUUUGUUUUGUAGAUGUUAAUUCACAGGAAGAUUUCUUGUCGCCUGCCAACUUUACACACCAUGAGAGACUAGAUGCCAACUACGAAUUAUUUUGGAAAACUAACGACUCUCAUAUUAUGUUUAAAACUCAGGUGAAGACAAAAGGGUAUAUUGGGUUCGGUCUGUCACCUAACGGCGGAAUGGCGAAUUCGGACAUGGUCAUCGGCUGGAUGAAAGAUGGACAACCUCAUUUCUCGGACAGACAUUCGGUUGGUCAGGUCUUGCCAGUCAUAGACGCAGAACAGAACUGGCACCUACUCAUGGCCAGUGAAGAUGAAAGUUAUACCACUCUGGUCUUCUAUCGGUUGUUAGAGACCUGCGACAAAUACGACAUCAAGAUACUGAAAGAUACGUCAAGAAUUAUUUUCAGUUACCAUCCCGCAGACCCAGAGUCCGAGACUUCGGUGUUAUAUCAUGGCGCCAGCAGACGUGGCACUAGAUCUCUUAUGCUCCUAGAUCCAGCCAACCAUGACAUGGAAAACAGCGCAAUGCCUGAUGACGUCAUCGUAGUGGAUUUUGUAAACAACAAGUUUCAGGUGCCUGCAAAUGAAACUCACUACAACUGUAUUGUAAGGAAAUUAGAAUCACUGCAUGAAAAACAUCAUAUGAUAAGGUACGAGCCCGUUCUACAUCCAGGACAUGAACAAAUUGUUCACCAUAUUGUUCUCUACUACUGCACUCAAGCCAUAAGUCCAGAGUUCAUGGACAAAGAUUUCUCCGCUAUGCAAGAGUUGCCCCAUGAGCUGAUCAACUGUGACCAAGUUUUCAUAGCCUGGGCCAUUGGUGGACAGGCUUUUAGCUACCCGGACCAUGUCGGACAUCCUCUAGGCACGGACUAUAACUCUGGUUACUUUAUGCUGGAGACACAUUACAACAAUCCAGAAAAGGUUAAAGGUAUCGUAGAUAGUUCAGGUCUGCGACUCUAUUUAACCAAACAGCUCAGAACAUAUGACGCUGCUAUCAUUGAUACUGGAGUCAGCACAGACAGCUACCAAAUAAUACCUCCAUUUGAGACUAGCUUUAUAUCUAGUGGCUAUUGUCACGAGGACUGUCUAAAUCAGGGCUUAGCUGAACAGCCAAUCUCCGUGUUGGCUGUGUUACUGCAUGCCCAUUUAUUAGGGCGGAAGAUACGCACACGUCACUUCCGGAAUGGUACAGAGUUACCACCCUUGAUGGAAGAUAAUCAUUAUGACUUUAAUUAUCAGCAAAUGAGAUUACUUCCUGAAGAAAGAAUCAUACAAAAGGCAGACAGUCUAAUAACUGAAUGUGACUACGACUCCACAAGUCAAACUGACCUGACUUAUGGAGGUCUUCCAUCGACCAGUGAAAUGUGUCAGGCCUUUUUAUUGUAUUACCCAAGACUGUCUUUAUCACGAUGCUUAUCUAGGCUCUAUUAUAAACUGAAUGGUCAGUUCGUCCGAAAUGAUAUUUUCAACAUUGUCAACACUAACGACUGGACAAGUGAUGACGUCAGGGCAAAGUUUAGAAAGGACGUAGCCACAUCCCCAUUUAUAAACAUUUGUUAUUUCAACAGCACACAGCUUUUCUUCAACAUUACAACAAUGUCACCAAUUCAACAAAUGUAUAUACCAGAUACAACAUGUGCUUAGGUUGCUUUGACAACAGGAUAAACAGGAUUGUGUGUGGAUUUCAGUGUGUGGAUUUCAUGUCCAUAUUUUAAGUUUCAAUAUCACUGCCUGGUAUGGCAAACUGAGCAUUAAAAAUAAGAAUAAACUUUAUAGAAUC